AAAAUGCAAGCCAACCCCUUCCAAGUUAUUCCGAAACUAAUAUUCCCCUCACUGAUAAAGCUGCAUCCGGUGCACCGAUCUCUGUCACCACCACCCACCAAGCCACCGCGUGCGAUAUCCAUCUCCACGCCCGGUGAAACCAAUAUGAUCCUAUUAUUUCAGUCAACCGUAGACGUUGUUGAUGACUCAGUGGCUGCAUUUUGGGACUACCAAUUUCUCUUUGUGUCCCAACGCUCCGAACAAACUGAACCUAUCACGCUCAGAGUCGUGGAGGGUUCGGUUCCACCGGACUUUCCCUCUGGCACGUACUACUUGACAGGGCCGGGGCUCUUCAGUGACGACCAUGGCUCGACGGUGCACCCAUUAGACGGUCACGGAUACCUUAGGGCUUUUCAGUUUGAUGGCUUUGGCGGAGAAGUCAAGUUCAUGGCUAAGUACGUGAAAACUGAGGCUCAAGUUGAAGAGCACGACCCUACGACUGACAGGUGGCGAUUCACUCAUAGGGGGCCGUUUUCGGUGUUGAAAGGUGGACAGAAAGUUGGGAAUACAAAGGUUAUGAAGAAUGUGGCAAAUACUAGUGUCUUGAGGUGGGGCCGGAAGCUGUUGUGCUUGUGGGAAGGUGGCAACCCAUAUGAGAUUGAAUCUGAGACGUUGGAUACGGUAGGGAAGGUAAGUUUGAUGGAAGGCUGUGAUUCGGGGACGGAGAGUGGAGACGGUGGUGGUGGUGGUGGUGGAAUGUGGGAUGUGGCUGCGAGGUUGCUCAAACCGAUUUUGUACGGAGUGUUUAAGAUGCCUCCGAAGCGACUAUUGUCUCAUUAUAAGCUCGAUGCUCGCAACAACAGGCUUCUUAUGGUGUCAUGCAAUGCAGAGGAUAUGCUAUUACCUUGCAGUAAUUUUACAUUUUAUGAAUUUGAUUCAGAUUUCAAGGUGCUGGGAAAGCAAGAGUUCAACAUCCCUGAUCACUUGAUGAUCCACGAUUGGGCUUUCACAGACACUCAUUAUAUACUAUUUGCUAAUCGCAUCAAGCUUGAUGCUGUCGGUGCAAUGACAGCAGUUUGCGGGGCUACUCCUAUGAUAACAGCAUUGUCAGUGAACCCUAGCAAGUCCACAUCUCCCAUAUAUUUGCUUCCUCGGCCUAGUAAUGAAAAUGGCAGAGACUGGAGAGUGCCUAUUGAAGCGUCUUCACAAUUAUGGUUCCUACAUGUAUGCAAUGCUUUUGAGAAUUUGGAUGAGAAUGGGAAUUUGGAUAUUCAAAUCCAUGCUUCUGCUUGCUCUUACGAGUGGUUCAAUUUCCAGAAAUUAUUUGGAUAUGAUUGGCAAAGUGGUAAACUAGACCCUUCGGUUAUGAACAUAAAUGGAAGCCAAAGCAAUCACUUGCCUCAUCUUAUUCAGGUUUCCAUCAACUUGGAUAGCAACGGGAACUGUCAAAGAUGUGAUGUGGAGUCUUUAAACCAGUGGAACAAGUCAUCAGAUUUUCCAGUUAUCAACCCAGCCUUUUCAGGUAGUAAGAACACAUACUUAUAUGCAGCAGCAACUUCAGGUUCUCGCAGUUCGUUGCCACACUUUCCAUUUGACAUGGUGGUGAAGCUAAAUGCUGCAUCUAAAUCUGUGCUCACAUGGUCCGUUGGUAGUCGAAGAUUCAUCGGAGAGCCUAUUUUUAUCCCCAAAGGCUCUGAAGAAGAUGAUGGCUACAUUGUCGUAGUUGAGUAUGCAGUUUCAGUUCAAAGGUGCUAUCUAGUUAUCUUAGAUUCCAAGAAGAUUGGAGGAGCUGAUGCACUAGUAGCAAGACUUGAAGUCCCCAAGCACCUGAAUUUCCCUCUUGGUUUUCAUGGUUUCUGGGCCACUGCAGCGUAGUUUCAUUUUUUGGGUUACAAACACCAUAUUGUUCAAGUGAAAAA